GCUGGAACUUCGGCGGGUCGAUUCUUCCCUGUCAACCUGGAACUUCUCUUCUGUCGAACGACCAUUCCAAUCAUCUUAUCCUCCCCUGGACAUCUCUGUGUCGCUGACUGAGAAUUGGUCGGAUCACUCUGUGUCCUGAUCGUUCAUCGUCCGCUUCUCACAUUCGUUUGAAACCUACUCCUUCUUUGCUGGGGCCCUCCGGUGCCGCACCACUCCCGCAGCCAGCCUUUUCCCUACCCUUUUUCCUGCCCCGGGCGAUCGCUGGCUCUCCCCCCCCUUCUCCAUAUCGCAUCAUCGACUCUGACAUCCCCUGUCGACGCCUUUGAUCCGUCAGAUUUCAGUCUCGAUUUUGUGUGAUCGUCCCUGCGAAUAUCAGCAUCGCGUCGAAACCCGCUCCUUUUCCCUUCCCCGGACGGUCCGUCUCUUCCGCUGCCCGUUCUGCAUCGUGUUGUCCGCUCCACGACAGAUUGAUCGAUCUCCUCGGACCCUGGUGUCCCAGCGACAGGCAUCCCAUCCCCAGAAAUCGUCGCCUAGCUGUAGGCGUCGACGGUUUCUGAUUACGAAAAGCGAGAGUAUUCUGCUCGCUUUCCUGGCCAACUCAUAAUCUUAUUUCCCCUUUUUUUCUCCCUCCCCGUCGCGAAGAUGUUGCUCCCCAAGGGUGGUGUAACGUGGAAGUCUGCCAAAGCAAGGCUGCCUCCAUGGCGAGCUGUUCUGUUCCUUGUCACACGGACCCGUUUUCUGGUCUCAUUGGCCAUUACUGGUCUUGUAGUCCUACUAUGGCGUGGCAUCAGCAAGUCAGCGUCCGAGAUGCAGAGCUUCUACUGCUAUGGCCCUUCAAAAUCGCCGAUGGAGAUGAGCAUCAACGAAAUGGUCGAGUGGACCGCACACACGCAGACCCCUGUCCUCUUCAACCACCACGCUGCCUAUGAAGUGAACUCCUCGAGCAUCAAGACAGUCGACCUCAACCCCAUCAAGUCUACUUCCCAGGCCAUUUCGAAUUCUGAGCGGGUGCUCAUCCUCACCCCUCUGAGAGAUGCAUCCGAGCAUCUGGUCAACUACUUCGAUCUCCUCUACAAGCUGACGUAUCCUCACAACCUCAUUGACUUGGCUUUCCUCGUUGGUGAUUGCAGUGACGACACCAUGGCUGUUCUUACCGCUGAGCUGUCCCGGAUCCAGGACCAGGUGGAUGAGAAGAUUGCUUUCCGUAGCGCGACAAUCGUGCAGAAGGACUUUGGAGCUGAUAUCGAAAUGAACGUCGAGGACAGGCACUCCUUUGCUGCUCAAGGCCCGCGCCGCAAGGCUAUCGGUCGCGCCCGCAACUACCUGCUCUACUCUGCUCUCAAGCCUGACCACUCCUGGGUCUACUGGAGAGAUGUUGACAUUUUCGACAGCCCUGACAGCAUCAUUGAAGAUUUCAUCGCUCAUGACAGGGAUAUUUUGGUUCCAAACAUUUGGUUCCAUCGCUACCGGGAUGGUGUUGAUGUCGAGGGUCGAUUUGACUACAACUCCUGGAUCGAAUCGGACAAGGGACGCCGCCUCCGAGAGACUCUCGACCCUGAUACUGUUCUGGCUGAAGGCUACAAGGAGUACGACACUGGCCGGACUUACCUGGUUGGCAUGGGUGACUGGAGAAAGAACAAGGACGAGGAAGUUGAGCUUGACGGUAUCGGUGGUGUCAACAUCCUCGUGAAGGCCGAUGUUCACCGGACUGGCAUCAACUUCCCGGCCUACGCUUUUGAGAACCAGGCUGAAACCGAGGGAUUCGCCCGCAUGGCUAAGCGCGCUGGAUACCAGGUGUACGGUCUUCCGAACUAUGUCGUCUGGCACAUUGAUACGGAUGAGAAGCCUGGCAACCUCGGAGGCCGCAAGGCAUACUAGCUGCAUUCCUGAGUUGAUUCUCAUUUUCCCGCGGUGUGAGUAGUACGAUCUCUGCCACAUCUCAUCCUUUGACGCCUGAAUACCCCGUUCCCGUGUACAUCCGAGCCCUUGCAGCGGUUCUUUGCAUGGAGGCUUUCCUCUUAACGCUUUUAUUGAAUCUUCUAUCUUCGUUUUUUCUUUUUCUUUCGUGAUUGCAUUCUUCGGACGCGGGGACGGAUAUCUCACGACGCCGGUAAUUAAGUCUUUCUUUGUAUUGCGUGCUAGGGUUAUGUCUGAUUUUGUUGGCGCUACGGGGACAGUGUUCAGCGGUAUUGGAAGCUCAUAGAGAGCGAGUGAGCGGGCUCUGGUUGGAGCCUACGUUGUUCUUCCAGGCCCAAGCCAUGGGCUCCUUUCACAGGCAUGGUGCUCUGAUGCUAUUGCUCAUCUCUGGAGCCUGCUUGACGCAUCAUCCGCAGUUAGAGCAGCGCGCGGUAUCUGGAAUGAGCUACUUUAUAGCUCAGGGACGUUGACGAAAGAGGCAGAUGAACAGGGCCAUGGUGCUUGGCGUCCAUGUACAUACAUAUAUAGGCUACAAUCUGGUGGGCUUGUUAUGACUGUAAA